ACACACAGGAGACAACAGAAGCCCAUGGGUUCGAUUCCGGCUGGAGGAUGGGUCCUUCUAUUACUUCCACCUGACUCACCUGAAGGGCACCUGGGACAGACCCCCUGGCUUCAUCCACAACAAUGUGUUCCUGGACCAGGACCAGAUACAGGAAGUGGUGAGCAGUGUUUCGGGCACGUACAGUCGCAGCGCGCUCUGGCGGAGCAGUGAAGCCCUCAUCAUUCGCCUGCAGGCAGUCAGUCGGGGUUUCGUGGUCAGAAAGAAGCUGGAGGCUCGACGGCGUUACCUGAUCAGUCAGACACCUGCUGUCAUCACCAUCCAGUCUCACUGGAGGAGGGUUGUCCAGCAGCGGGUGUACAGACGGCGUCUGCAGUUUCUCUACAUGAACUGGAGAGCUGUUGUCAAGAUUCAGGCGUGUGUGAGGAUGUGGUCGGCCAGGAGGAAAUAUCGAGCUCGGCUGAACUUCUUCAGGCGUCACGUGGGUGCUAUCAUAAAGAUCCAGGCCUUCUUCAGGGCUAACCGAGCCCGAGACCAGUACAGGAUGCUGGUGCACUCGGACACACCCCCUCUGUCUGUGGUCAGGAAGUUUGUUCACCUGCUUGACCUGGGCGACAGUGACAUCAGAGAGGAGGCGGAGCUGCUGCGUCUGAGAGAGGAGGUGGUGAGAAGCAUCCGCUUUAACCGCCAGCUGGAGGCGGACCUGAACCUGAUGGACCUGAAGAUCGGCCUGCUGGUUCGCAACCGUGCCACGCUACAGGAAGUGGUGUCGCACUGUAAGAAACUAACGAAGAAGAACAAGGAGCAGCUGUCGGACAUGAUGGACGUGGGGAGAAGUAAAGGACUGAAGGCUCUGAGCCGAGAGAGGAGAGACAGGCUGGAGGCCUACCAACACCUGUUUUACCUGCUGCAGACGCAGCCUCUGUACCUGGCUCAGCUGAUCUUCCUGAUGCCUCAGAGUCGGUCCACCUCCUUCAUGGAAAUGUUGGUGUUCAGUCUUUUUAACUACGGCUCUGACCGCAGGGAGGCCUACCUGCUCUUACACCUGUUCACAGAGGCUUUACGCUACGAGAUCAGGUUGAAGGUGGAGCAGCCUCAAGACGUGGUCACUGGUAACCCCACCGUCAUCAAGAUGCUGGUGAACUUUUACCGCCACGCUCGUGGUCAGAACAAUUUGCGGGACGUGCUCGGUCCAGCUCUGCAGGACGUACUGACCGACCGUAGUGUCAGCAUCCGGACCGACCCCGUGGACGUCUACAAGACCUGGAUCAACCAGACCGAGACCCAGACCGGAACCAAGAGCUCUCUCCCAUACGACAUCUCACCUGAGGACGCUCUGAGUCACCCUGAAGUCCAGAGACGCAUCGACAUCGCCAUCAUCAACCUGAAGAACCUGACGGACAGAGUGCUAAAAGCCAUCACAUCCAACCUCCACAAACUACC